GCGUAUCGCUGCCCGCUGCUUAGUGUUUCGUGCGUUCUGAUAGUUUAAUUUUGCCCUGUGCUCGGUUGCAGUGUUCACAGCUUACUGUUACCAUUACGUCUAUCAUAAAUACGCAUAUCGAGGUUGUCUUAAAGUACUGAUCUCGGCCGAAGAGGACGCUGAUGUAAGAUUGUUCCAACUUGAUUGAAGUUAUUUGGCAGCGAUGGCGGCUGCGCCACGCACCGAGAAGAACCAAUGGAACCACAUGAUUGCGGGAGGCUCGGCGGGCUCAGUGGCGGUGCUAUUCCUGCACCCUUUCGACGUCAUCAAGACCCGCCUGCAGGUCCAAGACGGUGCCAGCUCGGGGCAGCAGUACAAAAACGCGCUUGACGCGUGCCGCACCGUGCUGAAGCAGGAGGGCUGGCGGUCUUUCUACAAGGGCCUCACGCCAGCGCUGAUUGGCUCAGGCGUGGCCUGGGCGGCCUACUUUCACAUCUACGAGGCGGUCAAGGCCUGGCACUGCCGCUGGCAGCAGCGCGACCGCCUCAGCGCGGGCUGGAACAUGGCCAGUGCGGCGCAGGCGGGCGCCAUGGUGUGCCUCCUCACUAACCCCAUCUGGCUAGUGAAGACACGACUGCAGCUGCAGCGACUGCCUCUCGCUGGCGCCGCCGGCGCAGCCGCCGCGGCCGCCGCGGGCUCCGCCGCCUCUGGCGCCGCCUCCGCCGCCGCGGCGGCCGGGCGUUCCGCCCUGCCGUACAACGGAUUCCUGGAUGCCAUGAUUCGGAUCGGGCGGGAGGAGGGCAUUCGCGGCUAUUACAAGGGGUUGGGCCCAUCGCUCGUGCUCCAAACCAUGCACGGCGCGGUGCAGUUCACGGUGUACGACGAGCUCAAGUACCUGGCGGCGCGCUGGGGGCCGCGGGCGCCGGGGCAGGAGGGCGAGGAGCGGCGGCUGGGGUCGGGCGAGCUGUCGCUGUUCGCGGCCUCAUCCAAACUCACAGCCAGCGUCACCACCUACCCCUCGCAGGUGGUGCGGUCGCGGCUGCAACAGCGCAUGGACGACGGCCGCACACUGGUGUACCGCUCCGCAACAGAGGUGGUUCAGCUGACGUGGAAGCGGGAGGGGCUGUUGGGUUUCUACAAGGGCAUUGGGCCGGCACUGCUGCGUGUCAUGCCGCAGAGCGCCCUUACGCUGGUCGCCUACGAGAACAUACUGCGGCUGCUGGACAGCGCGACGGCGCGGCGGGAGCAGAAGGAGCAGCGGGACCAGGAGGCGGCAGCGGCGGGCGCGGCGGCGGCGCAGGAGGCGAGCACGUGAGGGGGAGGAGGCUUUGAGGGGUCAAACCCGGCUGGGGUGGGGUGGCUGAGAAGGGUGGUGAGGAAUGGGGCAGGGGGGAGGGUUAAUUGAUGGCAAGCCCAAGUCAACCGAGGGGACGGCUGUGGGUGCGCGAUUGUCUGCGGUGCUUAGGUGUAACGGGACGGGUCAAGGGCGCAGCUUCAAAGACUACACGUGUGCGUGGCAAACGCCAUUACCCAUGUAGGCGCUUGUGCAGGCAGGUGGGGUAAGGGAUAUGUCCUUACUACCUGAGUGCAACGCCUACGUCAUGAAGUCCACAGUGCUACCCGACGCGCGAGUAGAUGCUGACUAGUCUCUUUACAUGGGGUGCUGGUCUAAGGCAGCUGUUCUGGGGCCGCUUUCAAUGUGGAGUGAAUGACUCUAAUGAAAUGGACUGACGGUCCAAGGUUUAGUGCCGCUUCUCUCUGUUGGUGGCUUUGGACUGCUACAUGGCGACAUACGGGAGUUACGUGCGCACGGCCAAACGCCGAUGACAGGUACGAAGGUACCGUACCGUGAUUGCCCAAGGAGGUCUGUGGUGUAGGCCGCCGCAAUCCUGGCAAGAGAGGCUGGCUGGAAUGUGGUUUGGACUUUGGAGUGUGGUUUGCUUAUGCGAGGAUGGGCUCUGACAAGGAGAGUCUGGCACACAGACGGCUCCAGGAGAGACGGUGAGGCAGCGGCUGCCGGCGCAUCGCAUCAGCCUGCCGCAGUGUUUAUGAGCACGACCCGUCA